AUGUCAACAUCCCAUCAUCCCUUCAUCUACAAAUAUGAUUCAGCAACAGAAGCAUUUUGCACCAAGUGGAAUAUAAUAAGAAUGCAUUUCAUUUUGUUCUUCUUCCUUCUAUUGGUCUGUGCAGCCAGAAACAUAUAUGAGAGGUCAGUGGUACCCAGGGCUGGGUCCCGCUCUGUGGCCCGAAUGGAUGGUGAUAUCAUCAUUGGUGCCCUAUUUUCUGUCCACCAUCAGCCAUCAGCUGAGAACGUGGCUGAUAGAACAUGUGGUGAGAUCAGGGAGCAGUAUGGCAUUCAGCGGGUAGAAGCCAUGUUCCACACUUUAGACAGAAUCAAUGCUGACCCCUAUCUCCUACCCAACAUAACACUGGGAUGCGAGAUUAGGGACUCAUGCUGGCACUCAUCAGUUGCAUUGGAGCAGAGCAUUGAGUUUAUAAGAGACUCCCUUAUUUCAAUCCGUGAUGAUGCUGAUGGGUCAAAGUGGUGUAUUCAUGGAACUCCAUCUAAUCAGCUUCCUGCUAUUAAGAAGCCAAUCGCAGGUGUAAUUGGACCUGGGUCAAGUUCAGUGGCAAUCCAGGUACAGAAUCUACUGCAGCUUUUCAACAUUCCUCAAAUUGCCUACUCAGCCACUAGCAUUGAUCUGAGUGAUAAAACCCUUUAUAAGUACUUUCUCCGUGUUGUGCCAUCUGACACACUUCAAGCAAGGGCCCUUUUGGACAUUGUAAAGCGGUAUAACUGGACUUAUGUGUCAGCUGUCCACACUGAAGGGAACUACGGUGAGAGUGGGAUGGAUGCUUUUAAGGAGCUGGCAUCUCAGGAGGGUUUGUGCAUUUCCCACUCUGACAAGAUCUACAGCAAUGCUGGCGAGAAACAGUUUGACAGGCUACUGAGAAAACUGAGGGAGCGGCUGCCCAAAGCCCGGGUAGUGGUGUGUUUCUGCGAGGGCAUGACUGUGCGUGGACUUCUAAUGGCCAUGAGACGCCUGGGAGUGGCUGGUGAAUUCCUGCUAAUUGGAAGUGAUGGCUGGGCAGACAGAGACGAGGUGGUGGAGGGCUACGAACAGGAAGCUGUGGGGGGCAUCACCAUGAAGCUCCAGACUGAGGAAGUCACAUCUUUUGAUAAUUACUUCUUGAAAUUAAAGCUCAAUUCGAACACCAGGAAUCCGUGGUUUGCUGAGUUUUGGCAACACAGAUUUCAAUGUCGCAUCCCUGGUCACCCACAGGAGAACAAAAACUACAGGAAAAACUGCUCAGGUUAUGAAAAUCUAGAGGAAAAUUACGUACAAGACAGUAAGAUGGGUUUUGUCAUCAAUGCCAUCUAUGCCAUGGCUCAUGGCCUGCAUGACAUGCAUCAGCACCUGUGUCAUGGCUCUGAGGGUCUGUGUGAAGCCAUGGACCCCAUUGAUGGCAGCAAACUGCUGGAAUUCCUUCUCAAAACCUCUUUUUCUGGAGUAUCUGGUGAGGAUGUGUGGUUUGAUGAGAAUGGAGAUUCACCAGGCAGGUAUGAUAUUAUGAAUCUGCAGUAUGUGGAGCCUGGUGUAUAUGACUACAUCAAUGUGGGUUCAUGGCAUGAAGGUGUCCUGAGUAUUGAUGAUUAUAUGAUCCAGAUGAACCGGAGUAAAAUGGUUCGCUCAGUUUGCAGUGAGCCCUGUUCUAAGGGAGAAAUAAAGGUAAUCAGGAAGGGAGAGGUGAGCUGCUGCUGGAUCUGCACUGCCUGUAAGGAUAAUGAGUACGUACAGGAUGAAUUCACCUGCAGGGCCUGUGAGCUUGGCUGGUGGCCGGAUAAGGAGCUGCAAGGCUGUGAACCGCUUCCUCUGCAUUAUUUGGAGUGGAGUCAUGCUGAGUCAAUUGCAGCAGUGGUCUUCUCUUGUCUGGGUAUCCUGGUAACCAGCUUCGUCACCUUCGUCUUUAUCCUGUACAGAGACACACCUGUGGUCAAAUCCUCCAGUCGAGAGCUGUGCUAUAUUAUACUUGCUGGCAUCUUUCUUGGCUAUAUCUGCCCUUUUACUCUUAUAGCCAAGCCUACAGUGGCCUCUUGCUAUCUUCAGCGUCUCUUGGUGGGACUUUCAGCCUCAAUGUGCUAUUCGGCGCUGGUCACCAAGACCAACCGAAUUGCCCGCAUCUUGGCUGGCAGCAAAAAGAAGAUCUGCACACGCAAGCCGCGCUUUAUGAGCGCCUGGGCUCAGGUGGUCAUCGCCUUUGUCCUCAUCAGUUUACAGCUUACACUGGAGAUCACACUUAUCAUCUUGGAACCCCCAGCACCCAUCAAGUUCUACCCGAGCAUCAGGGAGGUCUAUCUUAUCUGUAACACCAGCAAUACAGGCAUGGUGGCACCACUGGGCUACAACGGCCUUCUCAUUCUCAGCUGCACCUACUAUGCUUUCAAAACCCGCAAUGUGCCAGCCAACUUCAACGAAGCAAAGUACAUCGCCUUCACCAUGUACACCACCUGCAUCAUCUGGCUAGCUUUUGUGCCCAUCUACUUUGGCUCCAACUACAAAAUCAUCACCACAUCCUUCUCCGUGAGCUUAAGUGUAACUGUGGCUCUGGGCUGCAUGUUUACACCAAAGAUGUACAUAAUUAUUGCUAAACCAGAGAGAAACGUGCGGAGUGCCUUUACCACCUCAGACGUUGUCCGCAUGCACGUGGGUGAUGGCAAAAUCACCUGCAGGAGCAACAGCCUGCUCAACAUGCUAAAACGCAAGAAGAACCCUUCAGGAAAUGCAAAUUCUAAUGGCAAGUCUGUGUCAUGGUCUGAACCAGGUUCAAGACAUCCUCCGAAAGGAGAACACAUGUGGCACAGACUGUCUGUUCAUGUGAAGAAGCAGGAGCCCGGCUCCAAUCAGAUGGCUGUCAUCAAACCUCUAACUAAUACCUACCAUGACACAGGCCUGGAGUUUUCAGACCUAAGUACCAAAACUCUAUACAAUGUAGCUGAGGAGGAUGAGGGUGACCUGGUCCGAUAUAAUCCCCCAGUCAGCCCUCAUCUGACUGAUCACAUGCGGUCAUCUGUUUUUGAGCCUGUGAAAGAGAUAAAUACAAAGCAGGAAUUUUAUACUCCAGAGCAGCACCUGCCACAGAAAAGUGUUUUUCCACAGCAAGUCAUUGCAGACCACUUUCAGCGAGUGGUGGCCAAGUUAAACUCCAGCAUGCCUGAUCUGGAUGAUAUUAUUAGUUUAUCUGAGCCAGAAAGUGCAGUGAUGCUACCUUAUCGGCCCCUUGUAAUGCAAACCGAGAAGCCGAAGCUGAGCCAUUAUACAAAAAAUCCAGCCUCCUUAGAGGAGGAGGAGUUGGACAUGGACAGUGAACAGUUUGGACUCCUUCAUGGCUACAUGUAUGACAAUGCGCAAAUUCAUGAUGAUGAAGAGUUGGUGCAGACUAAGUUAGCAAUGGAGGACACACUUGCUCUCAUGCCACCCUCCCCCUUCAGGGACUCAGUUGGCUCAGUAAGCCAAAUCCCAAACUCCCCGUUGUCUGAGUCUAUCCUGUGCACCCCACCAAGUGUGAUGUAUGCGUCUGUUAUCCUCGAAGACUACAAACAAAGCUUCUCUACUCUGUAAAUAAGUUGGGGGUACUUGUUU